AUUGGAAACCCGUGCCUGAAGAUGGUACAAGAAGCCACCCAAAGACAUGGCAAAGAUAUAUACAUCGUGGAUAUGUAUGUGGUUCCUACCUGGAAGUCCAAAACAGCUGACGCGUUGGCCAGUUUUCCAGCUGACCAAUUGGCCACCAAGGACAUGGUUUUCAUCCCUGCCUGGAGUCGGCAGCAAGGAAAGGCAGAUCACUAUUUGCUUUGCUGACCUAGCGCACCGCAUUGCUCCAGGUCAGUGGACAGUAAAGUUCGGCAGAGACGUCAAGGGUUUGCCUCACCAAACCACGGGCAAUGACUGUGGUGUCUUCAUACUGAUGUAUGCACUCAACUUCAGCACAGAUGCUCCACUUUGGUUUACCGAGCGGGACAUAGCACAGAUCCGGAAAUGGUGGUGCAUUAUGCUCAUGGAACGGUACCAGAUUGAAGGCCACGGACAGAGGUUUUCUUACUGGACCAAUGAGGCCGAAGAGCUGCUCAAAGGGGCACUGGAGCCAGUGUACAGGGUCUCAAAGAAGCAAAAGACAGAACAUGAGGUCCAGUUUCAAAAGUCCGACAUGUGCUUCAUAUUGGAGCUGCCAAACUGUCUUCUCUCGGACCUUCUGAUGGAAGUGGUUCUCCAGGAAGGUGACAAAGCGUACUCAUCACUCACUCUAGUGUGUACCACCUUCAGAGACACAAUGUCCACUGUGUCUUUCAGAAGAGGGGCCCACUUUCGCUGGCUUGAGAGUGUUGCUACAUGGAGUUUGUUCUCUGCUUCAUACAAGCAGGAUUUCAACGUCAUGUACACCAUUGACACCUGCCGUGGAUGCUUGGAGCCUUACAAAAACUGCAAACCAGGAUAUGUUGGGAAAGGUAAAAGAGGAGAAUUGCAGGGCAUCUACUCUGAUGACCAACAUCCAGGCUAUUGCAGUCCCUUCUGCAACCAGAUAUCAUAGGUAAAGAUUAACUCACACAAACAAAUGUCAGAAUAGACUAAAUUGUCACUGCAAUUAAUGAAGAUCAUCCUUUGAUAUCUUACCUUCAAGUUUGGUUUUCCCGGAC